CAAAAGCAGGGGGCUAGAGGAGGUGCAUAAGCGAGAGACACAGGAGACCAGAGAGAGACAGAAGUUUUCCCCUGACUCGAGUGCCUGGUCGACAAGAUGAGGACUGCACUGCUGCUGCUGUUGGUCCCGCUCAUCGCCAUCACAACUGUGGCUGCAGGAAAGAACAAAGAGAAAAACAAACCCUCCCAGCAUGGGUCAGAAUGUGCUGACUGGCGCUAUGGCAACUGUGUGCCUAGCAACGGGGACUGUGGAGCAGGAUUUAGAGAGGGGUCAUGUGACCAGCAGACCAAGAAGAUGAAAUGUAAAGUGCCUUGCAACUGGAAAAAAGACUUUGGAGCUGACUGUAAGUACCGGUUCGGAAGUUGGGGAGAGUGUGAUCCAAGCUCUGGCUCACGGACCAGAACAGGGACACUGAAGAAGGCUCUCUACAAUGCCGAAUGUCAACAGACUAUUUCUGUCUCCAAACCCUGCCCAGGAAAACCCAGAGAAAAAACAAAGGAAAGAAGACAAAAGUCAAGGGGACAGUCAAGAGCCUUCAGAGUUAAAGACAAAAUAGAAUCAAAGCAAUAACUGUCAGAAGCGGAUGCCCUUUGACAGCUGGACAGUGGACAGCACUUAGAGUUUCAUAGCCUGAUUUCCAUACACAUAUUUUUGAGUCUUCCUCAACCACGACAAAAACAUGACUAAACAGAAAACACAGGUCCACAUGAUGAAGUGAGCAUGUCCUGUGGCUUUAUAACCAGCCAACACAGCUGCUUCUAAAAAAACUAUUGUGAAUUUGUGAUCUUUUUCUUAUUAAUCUUCCUUUAGACCACCACCCUCUUUAAAUAUUGUGAAAAAUGUUGGGUGGAGGCGUUUUUCGAUAUCCGAGCCAUCGCCACCAAACCUUUAAUAGAAUAAAUACAUGUCGGCGUCCGCUCGGCUGCACUAGAGAUGGGAGCUAAUUUAUUUUCCAACUCGUCUCAGCUCGUCUCUGCUUUGGGUCUGAAUUAUUUUAUCAAUCCGGGAUGUGUCAGUAGCAGACACGGCAAAACUCUUUACUUCAUGUUGUAUAGUUGAAACUAAUUGUGGCUCAAUAAACACCAUCCUUUUUUCUAUAUUUCUAACCACCAGAGUUACAAGUUAAUCAAACUGUUUGAAAUGUCAACUGUGUAAAUUUGCCUUAGGACCCCACAAGCCCCCUAUUAUACAUUACAUGCCUUUCACUUUGAAUAUUGUAAAUACAUUUCCCCUAAUUUGAUCCAUUACCUCCUAUUUGUAUCCAUCUUUAGAACAGUCAGCCUUUUUUUCCCUGUAGGCGUUAUUUCUAUUUUUCUUUUGUUUAUUAAAAUUGAAGAACAUAAUCUCA